AUGGCCGUAUCCAAGGUCGCGAUAAAAAAUGUCCACUUGUUCGACGGCUUCUCUUUCCAUUCCUCAAGCACCGUGGUGAUUGACGGGGACAGGUUCGGCUCUCCUAAUGACACCACAGGGGCUGAGAUAAUCGACGGCCAAGGCGGAUUUUUAAUCCCCGGUCUGAUUGACUCCCACGUGCAUAUCCGCGAUACAAAAACUCUUGAGUCGUUCGCCGAAUGGGGUGUGACAGCCGCCGUCGACUGUGGCUGUUGGCCGGUUGACCUAAUGCAAAGCCUUCGCGAGCACUCGACUAAGGCCGGGGUCCCUGCCCUUCGGUGCGCGGGGAUAGUUGCAACUGCACCUGGGAGUGUCCACAGCACAUUCCCAGGUCUACCUCCGAGUGCACUUCUCGCCGGAGCGCACCAAGCAGAGCAAUUCGUCGAGAACCGCGUAUCGGAAGGAGUUGACUUGAUCAAGAUCGUUGCCGAUUUCCCUGGUCCAAAUCAAGACACAGUCAAUGCACUCGUUGCAGCUGCGCGCAAACGCAGCAAACGGAGCAUCAUUCACGCGUCGACAAGUGUUGCCUUCAAUAUGGCACUGCAGGCCCGACCGGACAUCAUCACACAUGCCCCAAUGGACGAGGUCUUGGAUCCGGAGACUGUUGCAGUCAUGGCAGCUGCGCGUAUUGUGUCCAUUCCAACACUCACCAUGGAAGAGGCUUUAUGCAAUAUCAAGAUCCGACCGAACGUGGACUAUUCAAACGCCCGUCUCUCAGUUGAGCGUCAGUUUGCAGCUGGGAUCCCAAUAUUUGCUGGAACAGAUUCAAAUGAUAGUCCAAUGGCGCGUGUGACUCAUGGUGAGAGUAUCCAUAGGGAGCUGGAAUUGCUAGUUGGUGCUGGGCUGAGCCCCCUUGAGGCACUGCGUUCUGCCACCGUUGAGCCGGCACAUUACUUUGACUUUGACAGUGGUAUAAUCCAAAUGGGGAGAUUGGCUAAUGCCGUGCUUCUAAGAUCUGAUCCUCUCGUGGAUAUUAAAGCGACUCGCAAUAUACGCAUGGUGUGGUGCCGCGGCACUCGAGUUUUCUAA